CCGGUUUACUUCCGCUCCUCUCAGACCUCACUCGGCCAAGAUGGCGAGCGGAGGAGCGACCGUGGCUUCGCUGUGGACCGAAGUGAACCGCUGCGGGCAGAACGGAGACUACGCCCGGGCCCUGAAGGCUCUGACUAAAAUUUUGCACGAAAACAGGGAGGAUGUGACGGCCCUUCACUGUAAAAUCGUUUGCCUUACUCAGAACGGCAGCUUCAAAGAGGCUCUGAAUGUCAUGAACACCUAUUCAAAAGUGCUCGGCAGUGAGGUUGUGUUUGAGAAGGCGUACUGCGAGUAUCGGCUGAACAGAGUGGAAAGUGCCCUGAAGACCAUUGAAAAUGCUCCAGAGCAAACUGACAAACUGAAGGAGCUUUACGGUCAAGUGUUGUACAGACUGGAGCGCUACAACGAUUGCAAGUCCGUCUACACAGAUCUGAUCAGAAACUCCCAGGAUGAGUACGAGGAGGAGAGAAAGACCAACCUGGCUGCUGUUCUGGCUGCAAUGAGUCAGUGGGAGAAGGCCCCUCUGGAAGAUCUAGGUCUCCCAGAGUCAACGUAUGAGCUGUGUUACAACACUGCCUGUGCUCUGAUUGGCCAAGAACAGCUGACCGAGGCUUUUAAUAAAUUACAACAGGCAGAAGAGCUUUGCAGAGUCUCGCUGGCUGAUGAUUCUGAUGUAACUGAAGAGGACAUUGAGUCGGAGUUGGCUGUCAUUCACUCUCAGAUGGCGUACAUCAUGCAGUUACAAGGUCGGACAGAUGAGGCGCUGCAGCUCUACAACCAGGUCAUCAAGCUCAAACCAUCAGACGUUGGGCUGCUCGCUGUGACUGCCAACAAUAUCAUCACAAUAAACAAGGACCAAAACGUGUUCGACUCAAAGAAAAAGGUGAAACUCACCAACACUGAAGGUGUUGAAUACAAGUUGGCGAAGAAGCAGCUGCAGGCCAUCGACUUCAACAAAGCUCUGCUGGCCAUGUACACGAAUCAGGCCGACCAGUGCAGGAAACUGUCCUCCAAUCUUCAGUCUCAGAACCCAGGUCACCCACGACCAGUCCUCAUCCAGGUUGCUCAGUUGUGCCGGGAGAAGCAGCACAGCAAAGCCAUCGAGCUGCUCCAGCAAUUCUCUGAUCAGCAUCCAGAGAGUGCAUCUGGCAUCAAGCUGACAAUGGCGCAACUAUAUUUAAUACAAGGUCAUGUAACAAAAGCCUGUGAUGUCCUGAGGUCCAUUGAAGAGUUCAAGCACAAAUCAGGGAUGGUUUCAGCUCUAGUGACAAUGUACUCCCAUGAAGAAGACAUCGACGGCGCUAUUGACGUCUUCAAACAAGCUAUUGAGCACUACCAGUCUGAGCAGCCCGGAUCUGCUUUACACUUGGCUCUCGUACGAGAAGCCGCCAACUUCAAAUUGAAGUACGGACGGAAGAAAGAAGCCAUUAGUGACCUGGAGCAGUUGUGGAAGCAGAACACCAAUGACAUCCACACGUUGGCACAACUCAUCUCAGCGUAUUCCCUGGUGGAUACGAACAAAGCCAAAUCCCUCAGCAAACAUCUACCCUCCGCCGAAACCAUGUCUUUCAACGUGGACGUGGACGAGUUGGAAAACUCACACGGAGCCACGUAUGUCAGGAAAAAAGCUGCUAAAGUCCCAGGAGAAAAUCUUCCCAAAGAACAAGGCCAAGGUGAGAUCAAGAAGAAGAGGAAGAAAAAGAAAGGCAAAUUACCCAAAAACUACGACCCUAAAGCAACCCCUGACCUGGAGAGGUGGCUGCCCAUGAAGGAGCGCUCCUACUACAGAGGCAAGAAGAAGGGAAAGAAGAAGGAGCAGAUUGGGAAAGGCACACAGGGAGCGACGGCCGGAGCUUCAGCCGAGCUGGAUGCCAGUAAGACAGCCACCAGCCCCCCUACCUCCCCCCGACCAGGGUCUGCGUCCGGCUCAUCUUCAGCCCCCGGCAGCAACGUGGUCCCGCCGCGGCAGCAGAAACCUGCGGCCUCGGGGGCCACUCGCAAGAAGGCACCACAGAAGAAGAAGAAGGGAGGGAAAGGAGGCUGGUAGACAGGUGGAAGCAACAUGUGAUGAAGAGAGAGCCACGGGAUACAUUGACGUUUGUGUGGCCGACAAAUCACCAAGAGAUCAUAAACUCUCUUUUUUUUUAUCGUUUCAAUUUAGUUUUGUUGUUGCCGUUCAUUUAAAUGUCUCAAACCAAAACUUCCCCUUUGCGCCUGAACGUUUAAAGGACAGUUCCUCUAAAAUUAACUUUCAGUUGCUCUUCAAAAGCUGAGGUUUCCUCCAGUGAGAUUUUUUGAUUCCUCUCAAGUUCAUGACCUUUGAGGUGAGACGAGAAUUAUUAAAUGAAAACUUUAUUACAGUCACUGAAACUUCUUUUUAAAUGUCCACUGUCAUGAAAGAGGCUUUAUGUUUGGAGACCUAAUGCAAGUUUUGAUUUGGUUGGUGGAUCUGAAUCCUACAAUACCCAUGAGCCUCAGCUUCACAUCUCGAUGGAGGAGCCAUUCAGAGAUGCGGAGAGCACCAACAUUUCUAAAUUAAUCCAAAAUGAGCCUGAAUCUGAAGGUAAAUCUGUUUUAUUGCAGACAGAAUGAAACGACCCAGUAUUCCUGCUCGAGAAGAAACUUAAACAUGUCGUUCCUCCAGAUCCAAACCUCGCUGCUGCUUCUGUGCUGGUCAGCUUCCUCAAGUCGCUGCAUCGAGUUUUCCUCUUUCUCUGGAAAAGUCUGAAAUGAAGCCGGCUCCUCCGGCUGAGCUUGAAUAUUUUUAUAUCGAAUCAUGCACCUUUCUCCCCUUUAACAUGUUUCACAGACGCAUCUUGCAUAAGUGAGGAUGUUGUAUGCAAUCAGGCAGAUUGUUGAACGUGAACAUUUUCAUCCAAUAAUUAAAAUAAAAAUCUUCAAGGACCUUUUGGACUUUUUAGGAAACUAGCAGCUUUCACUCUGUAACUUGAAGUUCAGCUUCGGAAGAAUUGUCUUUUAAUAUUUUGUGGUCAGACGUCACACUCUGCAUCUUCACUUAAAUUGUCCCUUUACUUUCAGUGAGCCGACCUGAGCAUUGGAUGAAAUGUUAAAGAAUAUUUAUUUUUGAAUCCCUGUGUUGGUCGAAAUUCAAGCCAGAGAGAAUUUUAACUCUUGAGUUUAAUUCUGUCACAUGCAUGUUUUAGGAAAUGAGGAAAGAGACUUUUUUGGCCAAACAGGUUUCCAGUUUUGUUAAGUCUUAAUAAAACUAUUGACAACAGCAA